AUGUUGAAACACUCGCUAGCUCUUCUUGCCCUUACCUACCCUCACAUCCUCCUGCCGAGUUAUGGUUCAAACUCCGACUUCUUUGGACUCCCCAUGCAUUCUCAGGCCCAACAAAGGCAUCAUAAUCGCUGGGCAAACAGUACACACUUGAUCUGCAAGCCACAAGAGUCGCCCUUCUUUUCCUCAUCCAAAAACUCAGUAUACAAGUAUGAUAAAGUUGUCCCACCAGCUAACCUGGUCCCCUUCCGGGCUGGGUUCUACAAAUCAACCUGCUUUGAAGAUCCUACUGAUAAAAAAUUGGUGGAAUACUGUAUAUUUAUCAACCCCACUAUCAACCACGGCCAAGGAAUGGUGAUCGUCACGCCUACAGAACUCUUCGAAGACAGUCUUGACGAUGGACUCGAUCUCUCCGAUGAUCCACUGAAUCCCCAGUCGCUAAAAGUCGUGCCGAUGCCUGAGAAGGGUGGCUUGGGAGCACUGGCUGCUCGCAACCUUCAGAACGGCGAUAUCAUUCUACAAACACGUCCGGUUGCCAUCCUUGCUUCUACCCAACCGAUCUGGGGAACCUCCUUCGGCCGGAGUAUACGCCGACAAGCUAUCGAUCAUUUACCGAUCCAAACCCGGGCUGCCUUCGCAAGCCUUCAUGGCGAAGGCGAAACAGAAGACGAUUUUGUUUCAAGUAUCGUUGAUUCCAACAUGUUUGUCACGAGGCUCUUUGGUGACCAAGUCACGCCUUUUGGUGCAGUAGCUUUGCACGCAUCUCGAUUGAACCAUGCUUGCCGACCCAAUGCGGUCUACUACGUUGAUCAUGAGACGCAGCUCUUGCGUCUAUCAGCUUUUGAGUCGAUCUCGAUAGACGAGGAACUUACCAUAAGUUAUCGCUCACUAGAAAUGACUCGAUCAGCUCGACGAAAAGACCUUCAAGAGUCCUAUGGUUUUAGUUGCACUUGCUCACAUUGCCAGAUGAGUGCAGAGCUUGGGGAGCUGUCAGAUCGUCGACUUGUGCGAAUCGUCGAGCUUAGGACUAAAUACUUCCGUGAAGACCCGAAAUUUUCUGCGGAGGACGCCAACGAGCUCAUACAAUUGUGCGAAACGGAGAGAAUUCCUUGGUGCAUGACGAUCUCGCAUAUUAUCGCUGCUGAAUUUUACAAUUCGCUAGGACACAGUAAAAAAGUCAAAGAGCAUGCAGAAAUAACAAGAAGUAUGGGACUUCUACUUGCUGGAUCACAUUGGACUGAUCGCGGUGAGGUGGACCUACUUCUGACCAAACCUGAAAAGCACAAUUCUCAUUUCUCAAGAAGAUAG